AUGUCAGAAAUCAAGAACAUUGUCAUCAUCGGUGCCCUCACAGGCGCUCUCCUCGCGCGAGCAUUGGAGAAGUCCUUGCCGCCCACCCAUCGUCUCGUCCUCAUCGGUGAGCAUCCAGACGCGGUGCCGAGACAUGAAGUCAGAUUUGGGUUGUGUCCAGCGAGCCUCCUCCAACAUCCAAACGCUUCGUGGAUAACAACGCGCACAUAUAUCGAGCCCCUAGCUGAAAUCUUGAUUCUGCCCCCCUUGCCCUUGUGUCACAGAGAAGAACGAGGCUGCAUUUUGGCCCGUCGGAAGCCUCAGAGCUGCUGCACUGCCAGACUUUGAGAACAAGAUCUUCGCACCCGUAGCUGGUUUCUUUCCCAAGGACUCCAGACACAUUGCAUUGGGAUCGACGGAAGUGACAUCGCUCGGCAAGACCAGCGUCACGAUCAGCAAGCCUGCCGAAAGCCUCUCUGGCGUGACGGAGAUUCCCUUUGAGUAUGCCAUCAUCGCCACCGGUUCGAAUUACGCCUACCCAUCCCGUCCCGUCGCCGUGGAUGUUGCGACAUCCAAGGCAAAUCUCAAGAAGACGCAGGAAGACAUCAAGCAAGCCAAAUCCAUCCUUGUGAUUGGUGGUGGCCCAGUCGGCAUCGAAUUUGCUGGCGAGGUUGUGGAUCAGCAUCCAUCGAAGAAAGUGACGCUGGCCACAUCAGGUCCCGCUCUCCUUAGCCCUGCGUGGAAGAGCUCGCUGGCUGACAAACUCGAGUGGCAGCUCGAGAAAGCCGGCGUGGAGCUCAUUCUCAAUGCCAAGGUCGACCUGCCCUCCGACGUAAAGACUGGCGAACUUCUUACCGAGUUGGUGUCUGUCAAAGCCGGCGAGAAGACUGUCGACACAGACUUCAUUCUGAUCGGCACGGGCGCCAAAGCGAACGGACAGCUACUGCCUGCGGAUGCCAAGGACCAAAAUGGGCGGGUCAAGGUGGACCAGCAGCUUCGCGUUCAGUCAAAGACUCUCGGAGACCGAUACUUCGCAGUGGGAGAUAUCGUGAGCGCGGAAGGCUCUGGAACCUUUAUGAACGCUCAAAACCACGUGCCCGUCGUCGCUGCGAAUCUCGGCGCCGUGCUCAAAGGGGCCAAGCCAGCCAAAGCAUUCAAGCCGAUGCUAAGCGUCCUCACCGUGCCGAUUGGACAGAAGGCAGGGGCAAGUCAAUUGUUCGGGUUCGUUGUGUGAGUAGAACAGCCAUGGAGACGACGAGCGACUUGUAGCUGACUGGAGGUAUCCGUCGACAUUGCUGCAGUGGGGAGUGGCUGACACCCAUCAUCAAGGGAAAGCAUCUAUUCCUCUCGACGUUCACCAAGACCUUCUCAUACGCCUUCUAA